CUUACUGUGACGCCUUUCGGCGAACGAUUCAUCAUUUCCAUUCGGAUGUGGUGAUUCCUUACGAUGAGGGGAGAGGGAGGGACCAUUCUUAUAAAACUCAGCGACGCUCAGUGCCUGUUGACAGUGGCAAUUUACGGUACGGACGUACAUCAUCAUGGUUUCACUGGGGAGUUUUGGAGUCCUCUUGGGAGUUUUGGCAGUGGCCAGUGGACACUCUUAUCACAUGGGGUCAUGCCCCACCGUGGAACCCCAGCAGGGAUUCCAAAUGGGCCGGUUCCUAGGCCAUUGGUACGUCAUCCAGAAGACAUCAACAGCCAGUAAAUGCAUCAGCUAUAAUUACACACGCGGAGAUGAGCCCGGAGAGUAUAUAAUCACCCAGGACUCCAAUCAUCCAAUCCUUGGCCUCACGCCACUGAAACAUGAGUACCAUUAUACUGGGGAGCUCACGGUUCCCGAGCCAAGCACACCCGGACGCAUGCAAGUCCGUUUUCCACUGAGUGUGGCUGGAACAGCCUCUCACGUGGUUUUCGCAACCGACUACGACACUUAUGCAGCUAUUUUCACCUGUCAAUCCCUGGCCUUUGCCCACCGGCAGAGUGCAACCCUGCUCUCUCGCACGAAGGAGCUCGAAAAAUCGACGAUUGAUGAAAUCAGAGCAAAACUGAGUCGAUUCGGAGUUGAUCCUUUCGAACUCAGUAUCGUUCCUCAGACGGGCUGCGACACCGGAAAAGAUCCUGUGGAUAUCGACAUUAACCCCGGGACCUUCAGUGCCGAGAACAUUGGGAAAUUAUUUAAGAAGGCUGGGGAGAAGAUUGGAGACGGUGUUGAGUGGGUCGCCAACGCUGGGAGCAAAGUUUAUCACAAGAUAGCGGGGACUGAGGAGAAGGAGAGGAAGCCCACCACCACAACGACACCCCCCAGUCACGGAAGAAUUGAGACUAAUGAUGUGGAAUGGAUCCCGUAAACAAUUCUUUAUUAAUACUCUUUUUUUUUAUAAACAACUGAUUUCCAUUGUGACUGAUUUUUAGCUGAAGGAGAAGUGCGAAUUUUCAAUGUUUUGUCAUUCGAUGUUUCUAGCAUGACGUGACCUUUUUUUUUAUUUACUUGCUUGUGAAGAUAAUACUUUGGAAUAGUCUUAUCACCAGAGAUUAGAAGAGAACAAAUAUUUUGGAUUUUGGAGAAUAUUGAGUGAUUGUUAAUGGAACGUAAUUGAGAUUAUGAAUAAAGAUUUGUAUGGUUGCUGUA